AUGUUGAUAAAGUUAUUAAGUGCGGUAAAAACACUAAGGUUUACGGAUAUUAAACUUUCAAAGGCUAAAUCAGAACGUAUAAAUGCAUUAAGAAAACAAUAUGAUGCAUUCCUCGAAGAAGAUAGAAAACGCAAAGGUCGUAAUGAUUACAUAAUGGGAUGGCUGGAUAAAUUCCAGACAUCCUCAACAGUUUCGUCAGUAAGAUUUCAGGAACGUGCAACCAGUUGUCAUCAAAUACGACUUCUUCAGCGACCCGAAUAUGACCAAAAAAACCAAAAUAUUUCAUGCUCACCAAAUAUCAAGCAUCCUUUGGCUGAAAACUUUGAAGAGUCUGCAAUACUAAAGGCAGUUAGCCAAAAGUACAUAUUGAUACCUAAAAUUUCGCCAGAACAAUCUAAAUAUUGCAACGAAUACAAGGAAAAAACGAUUACACCGAUAGAGAAUGACUCUGAUUGGAAACGUAAAUAUAACAUAUUAGAUGAAUUAAAAAAAGAACAAAAAUCUAGUCAUUAUACAGAAUAUAUGGCUAAAGAUGAUACUUACAAUGAUUUACCAACAAAAGACGUGUUGCUUACUAAUAAGAAUUUUUCAUUUGAUUUGAAUAGGGAAAGUGAACCAGUUGAAGAAAUUUUAUGUAAUGAAAAUAUAAAUGAGAUGCCUACUAGUGAAACUCAUUCAAAACAAGAUAUUCAAUAUAAAUUGGAUGAGAAAAAUGGUUUGUGUAAGACAGACACGCUUACAAAUUCUAAUGAAUUCAACAUAAAAUGUGUCCCACAAGAAAAAAAAAUAGUGCGUGAUUGUUUAGAAAAAAAUAUCUGUAGUGAAAAAUUUGAUAUGCAAGAAACUCAGAUUGAACCACAAAAAGACCACGAGAUAAGAAACUCAAAUAGUAAAACCCAAAAAUAUGAUGAAUCUCUAAAGGAUAAUAGCGAUAACAAGUGCAUACCAUUACAUGUAACAAAAGCUGACUACAAUACCAUAAACAAUGAAUUGAUAUCACAAAACGUAACAGCUCAACCAAUAAUUAAUAAUGUAUCACAAGAUUACAACUCGUCAUCUAUUGACUCUUCAGAAAGAAAAGAAGUAACAGAGUGCAUUAAUUUACCUAUUGAUCACCAAAUAGAAGAAAAUAAGGAUAUACAUCAUGAAAAAAUUAAUAUCGAGGAACAUUCUUCAGAUGUUGGUGAAUUGGGAAUAAUUUCUAAACCUUCACUUGAAAUCGAAGUUAUGACACCUCAAACUAUUGAAAGGAAUGUAGAGGACCAAUCUCAGAUAGAAGAAUUUGAAACAGAACAAAAAGACUUAUUUUAUUCUGAAGACCAAAAUGUAAAUUAUUCUUACAAUGAAGAACAGGUCGCAGGUGAUAUUUACGAAAACAAUGAACAGUAUUCAUAUUAUGAGGCUACUAAAGAAGAUCCAAAUCAAUAUGUUACAAACGUUAAUGAACACGAAGAGUCAACAGAACAGUACGAUCCCCAUUACGAACAACAAUUCAGUACAUAUCAAGACAAUCCAAUACAAACUCAAUAUACUGAAGACUAUCCCCAAAAUGAAGGCGUAGAUUAUCAACAACAGCAAUUCUACGAAAAUUAUGGCCAACAACAAGCAGAUACUCCUUUGGGGAUUGAACAGCAAAUUGAUGAAAGUUCGGUAUAUGAAGAAAAUGUAGGAAAUAUAGAGAAUAUUUAUAUUCAAGAUUAUGCACAGGAAACAAUGUCGAACGAAGUAUUGGAGAAUGCUGUAGAGCGGCAGCUUAAUAUAGAAGACGGUCUGCCUGGUGGUGAUGAAACGGUAGUUGCAAAUAUAAAUGAAAAAUAUGGUUCUCAAGAAAAGCUUAGCACUGAUUUGAAUGUUGCAUAA